AAUUGGUCGAGAGAGUUCCGGUUCUCUGUGCAUCGAUCGGGUAGAAAGUCAGGGCUCGGUUGGCGAAGCCCUGAGCCGGAUCCCCGGGACUGGAAAUACUAACUGCGAGCAGUGCGGUCGGACCUGGAUACUCGCCCUGCUUUAUCUUUUAAAACAUUUUUUCUCCUUCUCUUUUUUUCUCUCCAAGAAUUUAGGGUGGGAUUUUUUUAAGCAGAGGCUAGGUUCCGACAAAAGCGCAGCGCACAUGGCUGCGUAGAUUAAUGGGUUUUUCCUGCAAGAAACAAAACACGGGGCAACAGUGCAGACCGAUGCAUAUCGACGUGAGCCCGUGAUAAAUACGCUUUUGGACGGAUUUGCACGGUAACCAGAUAUUUGCACAACAUCUGAUAUGUGGAGGGCUGCUAGAUUGUCACCGGGGCUUCGCUGGCUCUACUUUUGGUAACUGUAAAUGCGGAUAGGGGUGAACGCUUAAUCCCGGGCUGGGAUACGAACCGGGCUAGGCGACCUGGGUGGAACUGAGAUGACCUGAGUAUUUUGAGUUCCCCUUCAUAUUGUUAUUUCUUUCAUCGUUUAUUAUAUUUUUCGGUGAAAUCGGCUGGGUUUUGCAAGAAGAACCGCCAAAGGAAUUUGACCAAGUGUGUCGGCGACGGGAAAGGCGAACGAGGUCGGCAGGAUUUGACACUGGGGAAAUAAUAAUAAGAAUAAUAAUAGAUUUAUAAAACAUCAAAAUAAGCGGGACAUUUUCCAUAUCUGCCGAGGAUCUCGGCUAUGGCGGUUGCGAGGAAAGUCGACCUCAUUGUUGGAGUUGUUCUACUUUUGCAGUCUCUGGGAAAUGCCCUGCAAGUCACAGGAGCGCAACUGUCACCAGCAAGUGGGGUCCUCUACACGUAUGUGCAGAGACCACACCAGGAGGAAGAGGGGCCUUUGGUGGACAUACAGCAUUAUAGCCACAGAUGGAGGAGGUGGCUGCCCCCACCCAGGUCCAUGGAGAGUAAUCGGGCCAGUCUGGACCAGGACCCAGACCAGGACCCAGACUCAAGCCAAGACCAGGAUGGGACAGAUGCUGAUCGCUUCCCCGGGCUUCUGCCAGUACUGGAUGGUGACAACAGCUCUCAGAUAGAGGAGGACACGGACCACAACUACUACACGUCCAAGACCUAUGGGCCCAACGACCCCCUGAGCAAGGAGCUGUGGGUGAACAUCGACCAGAUGGACAAGGAGAAGGUGAAGAUCCAUGGAAUCCUGUCGAACACCCACAGGCAGGCUGCGAGGGUGAACCUGUCCUUUGACUUCCCCUUUUACGGGCAUCUUCUGCGCGAGAUCACCGUGGCAACCGGAGGGUUCAUCUACAUGGGCGACGUGGUGCACCGCAUGCUGACUGCCACCCAGUACAUCGCCCCGCUCAUGGCCAACUUUGACCCCAGCGUGUCCCGGAACUCCACAGUCAUCUACUGCGACAAUGGCACGGCUUUGGUGGUCCAGUGGGACCAUGUCCAUCUCCAAGACAACUACAAUCUAGGAAGCUUCACCUUCCAGGCCACAUUACACAGCAAUGGAAGGAUUGUGUUUGCGUACAAGGAGAUUCCCAUUGAUGUGACCAGAAUCAGCUCCGUCAAUCAUCCCGUGAAAAUCGGCCUCUCCGAUGCCUUCGUGGUUGUCCAUAGGAUCCAACAGAUACCUAAUGUUCGGAGGAGGACGAUAUACGAGUACCACCGUGUGGAGCUCCUGAAGAACAAGAUCACCAACGGCACGGCUGUUGAGGUCAUACCACUGCCCACCUGUCUCCAGUUCACGAGUUGCAGCCCCUGCAUCACGUCCCAGAUCGGCUUCAACUGCAGCUGGUGCCACAAGCUCCAGAGAUGUUCAAGUGGUUUCGACCGACACCGACAGGACUGGGUCGACAGCAGCUGCCCAGAUGAGACCAAAGACAAGAUCUGUGACUAUGUGCCAAGUGCCACUCUGUCAUAUCCGUUCACGACGGGCCCCCCCCCAAGGAUGACUGAAAGGGCCUGGGUCACCACAGCAGGCAGGACGGCCUCCUUGGCAACACGCAUCCCCACCAGUAUCCCCACUGAAGAUGACACCAAGAUUGCUCUGCACCUGAAAGACAAUGGAGCAUCGCCGGCUGAGAGCACCGUGCCAGAGAAGCCAGGCAGCCUGCACACGGGCCUCAUCGUGGGCGUCCUCAUGGUCAUGGUCGUCAUGGCCGUCGCCGUUCUGGUCACCAUCUACAUGUACCACCACCCCAUGUCGGCCGCCAGCCUCUUCUUCAUUGAGAGACGCCCCAGCAGGUGGCCGGCCAUGAAGUUCCGCCGUGGUUCAGGACACCCAGCCUACGCGGAGGUGGAGCCCAUGGGACAGGAGAAGGAGGGCUUCAUAGUGUCAGAGCCGUGCUGAGGACGCCAUCUUCUAUCUUUGUCUUUCUCUCCCUCCCUGGCCCUAUCUUUCUCUCUCUCUCUCUCUCUCUCUCUCUCUCUCUCUGUCCCUGUAUUUGUACCCACAAGGACAGCACAACCCUACUGGCUCAUAACUGGAUUUGGAAAUACAUUGGGUUGCUUGGUCUUCAAUCUGUUUUUUCUAUUUUUUUGGAAAGAGGAACAUGGUGUAGCUUCUAACUACUGAAGAAGGUGACAUCAGAUUCCAAAGCAAACUCACAUCCACCCUUGACAGUCUGACUCCUUACCCAUCACAAGUUCACCAGAGCCUCUUGAACUUCUGGAUGGUGUCGUCGACGUGCAGGCGGAGGGCCGUCAUGGACCGCGGUUGGAGAGGCCGGCUGGAGUGGGGAUGCAGGGGAAGAGACAUGUGGACUUGGGACAUGGAAAGCAGAUGUUUCGUUUCACAAAGCCCAGCAUCCGCCCUGUAGGUGGCGCUGUGUUAUCGAGCAGACUCCACAAAUAGUGACUUGGGAGGGAGGGCAGUCAACUCUGUAAUCAUUCUCCAGCUGCCGCAAAGCCUGAUGGGAUUGGGUGAAUUUUAUUUUUCAGAAACCGCAAGAAAUGUCCCAACUAUGAAUUUAAUUAACAGUGUCAGGUUUCAUGUAUCAUAUAAUGUUUUUUUUGUGGCAGGGAUUCCCUUAUAAAUAUAUAUUUUUCUAUCUAUCAUCCACUUAACUUGCAUCCCCCAGAAUCACGCCAUUCCCCUUGACUUUUUCAUGUGGCAGACACUGUUCCCCGGAACAAACGCAGUACAACACGCAACCCCCCCCCCCCCCCUCCCCCCGCAGGAUUGAGCAUUUCCUGCUAACUGAGUCCUAACUGGCCCCCAGUCUAACAGAAGUCCAGGAGAGCUUUUGACUUGUUGACUUUGUCGUACCCAAGUAAACAUUUACAGGUUCAGGUUUUUGGACGCAGUGAGCCAGUGUUUUGCAGACCGGAUCUGUCUCCACCAUAACUCAUUUUCCAGCAAUAAUGGCAGCUUUCUCUGUCUAACAUUUCUCAUUUUCAUCUCAUUCAUUUUGCAGAAGUUUUUAUUCAAAAUAUCCUACGUUUUAGGUUUUUUUUUUCCGAGAAAGCAUGUUCAGAAAGUCCCUGAAGUGACUGGGGUUAAGGGGCUUUGCCCAAGGACCUAAUGGUGAGAUUGCUCGGCUAUCCAUGGGAUUUGAAUCAGUGACCUUCCGAUCACAGGGUCUUAACCCACAGAGCCACACACGAGUUCUUUCUUACAUAGAUGAACGAACACAGAAUAAGUGGAGAGAUCGAAAUGACCUGGUGAACAUUUGGGCAACAUAUCAGUGUUCCAUCCAUCCAUCUUUCAGCUGUCAUUUUUUUAAGCUGGAGGGGUUAGAGCCUAGAACCUAUCCCAGGCAAAACAUAGCACAAGGUAGCGGUACUCCCUGAUUGGUGGAGCAGUUUCAAUGCGUUGGAAACAAACAAAAUGGUUGCUACUUAAGGUCCUUAAAUCGUGGAUAUAAAAUGUAUCAUCAUUCAUAAAUGACGUGAGUUAACCAGCUGUAAGUAGACCCACUUUCCUCAGGCACGUUUUUGCCUCACGGUUUCUAGGUGACUUUUGCCCAGCCGGUGCUGUUUGGUGACCCCCGUUUGCCCCUGCAUUCACCAUCACUGCUCCACGCACAGGGUGGGGGGUUUGACCCUGUGGCCCAUUGUUUCCCCUGGAUUCUCCAGUUUCCUCCUCCAGUCCAAGGACACUUAGGUUAAUUGGCAAUAAACUGAAAAGAAGACAUGAAAAUAAAAUGAAAAGUAAAACGUGAAAAUUAAAAACUACAACUAAAUGAAAACUAAAUAAAUAUUGCCUUCAAAACUGAAAUAAAAAACAAACGUCAAAUACUUCCUGUGCCAUUUUUAUGUUAUUUGGCUAAUUACCAUUAAAUUCCAGGAGCGUUACUUGCCCAUUAUAAGAUUUUAAGGACAUAAGUACAUAAAUUUCACUGUGUAUUUAUGUUUGAUUCUCUAAAGGUCACAUGAUAUGAACACGUAAAACAGCUCAUAUCUAAAAUUUAAACUUAAACCAAAAGAUGUAAAAACUAAAUAAAACAUAAAUCUUCAAAAUGAAAACAAAUAAAAUCAUACUGAAAAUGAACUGAUUAAACUGGAUUUCAAAUGAAAUUUCGUUUUUUUUAUGUCAAAAUUAAAAUUGAAAAAUCAAAACUAUGUAAUGACUGGUAACUGCCUCUGUAUUUCCCAUAAUGCAUUUCUGUCUGUGUCUGUGGUUAGAAGAUGGAUGGAUGGAACAACUAGACAUAUAUCAGCGAUAUUGUUUCACCCGUUCCCUCCCUGAAGCUCUUUCCCUGCAGCACGGAGCCGUAUCGUCCAUUCAAUACUCCACCGCUUCACGACCCACUCCCAAAACAUCACUUUCCUGAACCUGGAAGCGGAGAGGAAAGGAGGGAGGCAGAUGGAACACGGUGUCUGUUCCGUGUUUCCAAGCUUUCCGGGAGCCCCUGGUGACAUCAGGCAUCUGUCUGUUGCGUACAUGUACCUGAAACUGCAAAUGUUUUUUUUUUUUAUAUAUAUAUAUAUAUAUAUAUAUAUAUAUAUAUAUAUAUAUAUAUAUAAGAUACAGUGGGGGCACCGUGAUUCCUGUCAAUAGUGUGGCUGAUGGGGGUGCAAGCUGCAAUAAUCUUUCAGACUAAGCUGAAUAAUACUGGGUGGUGUUUUUAGCCAGUGAGUCUCAAAUCCUAACCUUCUUGUUGCUGUAAUCUCCUGCAACACUUAACCUGGUUGAUUGCUUUUUCACCCAACUUUAUCCUAACAUGCUUUUAGGUAAAAAGCACUGUUUUUGGUGUUACUGCAAUAGAAUAUAUUAUUGGAGUGGGUUUAUUCUCUUAUGUAAAAUACGAGUUUAAGAUGGACUGAAGCGGACUGACGGGUUACACUUUGACACUUCUGCUCUGCGGCUGGCUGUAUUUCGGGAGAAAAUCAAAUGAUCCACAUCCUCAGCUGUGGGACACGCUUGGUGUUCGCCGUCCAAGUCCUGGACACGGCGAGAGACGCCCAAGUCAGGCGGCUACUGCAGCUGUCUGUCAAUUUUCUGUAACUACUGUUAUGUUAUUAUCAUUUUUUUUGACUACAUUUGAAAUAAAGGAUGUUGUUUUACUGGA